ACUCACCCUCAAACUUUGAUCUGUUUUUAUAUUUUUUGCUAAGCUAACCCCUCUCAACCCCACGAGACAACAACGUUUCAAUUUGCAGAGUCUUUUUAAUAUUUCACUCAACUGGACUCUCACUCUCUCUUCCUCUCACAUAGAAAGCAUCCAGUGAGGUCAUACUCAAUUUUGAAGGCUCGUUAUCACAAGCACACGAGAAGCUUGCUUUCAACUUCCAUUUCUGGCUCGGAUCAGAUCUAAAAUAUUCAAUGCCAAGCUGAGCUCAACUUCAACUACUGAUCCAACUCACAAAAUACCAUUUUAAUUUCCUGGGUUGGUUUAAUUUCCAGAGUUUUCAAGACCCUUUUAAGUGGUUGCAGAAUAAAGAACAAGUAGUAUAUAAUUUCUUGGAGAACUAAAAAAUGCCACAAGAAAGCAACUUUAAUUCAAUAUUCUUCACAUCACCUAGCAAGAACAUGAGAGGCUUAAAGGGUCUAGUCUCCAACAGUGAGGCUCCUCCAUUUGCAAACACUGAGGAGUUCAUCAAUGACUAUGAAUUGGCUCAAAGGAAAGCUGAAGAAGCAGCUUCAAGGAGAUACCAAGCAGCAGAAUGGCUGCGGAAGAUGGACUAUGGCGCUUCCGGAACACUUUCCAAAGAGCCCUCUGAAGAAGAGUUCCGCCUUGCACUCCGCAAUGGCCUUAUUCUCUGCAACGUCCUCAACAAAGUCAAUCCUGGUGCUGUUCUUAAGGUGGUGGAAAAUCCUAUCAUUGCCGUUCAGUCAACGGAGGGGGCUGCACAGUCUGCAAUUCAGUAUUUUGAGAACAUGAGGAAUUUCCUUGAGGCUGUUAAGGACAUGCAGCUCUUGACAUUCGAAGCAUCUGAUCUCGAAAAGGGAGGCUCGUCGAGCAAAGUUGUAGACUGCAUUCUUUGUCUCAAAGGGUUUUAUGAAUGGAAGCAAGCCGGUGGAAUUGGAGUUUGGAGGUAUGGAGGGACUGUGAGGAUCACAUCCUUCCCAAAAGGGUCACUUUCCUCCUUAGGGAGUGAAAGUGCUGAUGAGUCAAUAGACGAAUCAGACUCAUCACAGUUUGAACAACUGUUGGAAUUUCUUCAUCUUUCCAGUGAGGUGUCAACCGAAGAAUCCAGAACUGUGAAUGCUCUGGCUUUCCUUUUCGAUCGCUUUGGACUUGGACUUAUACAAGCUUACCUUCGAGAGGCUAAUGGGAUCAAAGACUUGCCCUUGAAUGCAAUGGUAAUCGAUACUUUACUGAGUAAGGUAGUCAAGGAUUUCUCAGCACUGCUUGUUUCACAAGCCACUCAGCUUGGCCUUUUUCUAAAGAAACUACUGAGAAGAGACUUGGGUAGUCCAUCGAAAUCUGAAUUUGUAGAAGCUAUUACACAAUACCUAGGUCAACGAAGUGGUUUGGUGUCAAAUGAUCUAUCCAAGUUCUGUAUUUGUGGUGGGAAAGAUGGAGAAGCUGUUCGGCGUAGUAGUAGUCACUCAUCUGUUCAUGAAGAACUGAUUAACAUUCAACAGAAACAGCUUGAGGAGCUCAAAUCAUCUUUCCAAGAGACGAAAUACGAAGUCAAACAAGUUCAUUCAAACUGGGAGGAGGAACUCAGAAGGCUUGUGCAUCAUAUUAAAGGCCUCGAAGUGGCAUCCUCGUCUUACCAAAAAGUUAUCGAAGAGAACCGAGUUCUUUACAAUCAAGUGCAAGACCUUAAAGGAUCAAUUAGAGUUUAUUGCAGAAUCAGACCCUUCUUACCAGGGCAAUCAAACGGACAGUCCACUGUGGAUUAUAUCGGAGAAAAUGGAACCAUCAUGAUUGUCAAUCCCCUUAAACAGGGCAAAGAUGCAAGAAGGGUUUUUACAUUUAACAAAGUCUUCAGAACAGAUGUCACACAAGAGCAAAUAUAUGGUGACACUCAGCCGCUGAUCAGGUCGGUUUUGGAUGGUUAUAACGCUUGCAUCUUUGCGUAUGGACAGACUGGCUCGGGGAAGACAUACACGAUGAGUGGCCCUGAUUUAACAACAGAAGAGACAUGGGGUGUAAACUAUAGAGCCCUUCGUGACUUAUUUCAAAUAUCGAAGGCGAGGCUAGACAUAAUAAGAUAUGAAGUUGCAGUUCAGAUGAUUGAAAUAUACAACGAACAAGUGAGAGACCUUUUAGUCAGCGAUGGCUCUAGCAGAAGGUUAGAUAUACGAAACAAGUCUCAACUGAAUGGCCUCAAUGUACCUGAUGCAAGUUUGGUUCCAGUGACGUGCACUCAAGAUGUUCUUGAGUUGAUGAAAAUCGGCCAAAAGAAUCGCACUGUUGGCGCUACAGCUCUAAAUGAGCGCAGCAGCCGGUCUCAUAGUGUUUUAACAAUUCAUGUACUUGGAAAGGAGUUGGCUACUGGAUCUAUUCUAAGGGGUUGCCUCCAUCUUGUGGAUUUGGCCGGGAGCGAGAGAGUUGAUAAAUCCGAGGCUGUUGGCGAGAGGCUAAAGGAAGCCCAACACAUAAAUCGAUCGCUUUCUGCACUCGGAGAUGUCAUAUCUGCUCUUGCACAAAAGAGUACACAUGUUCCUUACAGAAAUAGCAAACUUACUCAAGUCUUGCAAGACUCUUUAGGUGGUCAUGCAAAGACCAUGAUGUUUGUACAUAUAAAUCCUGAACUUAAUGCUCUCGGCGAGACGAUCAGUACCCUCAAGUUUGCUGAGAGGGUUGCAUCCAUCGAACUUGGGGCAGCUCGAUCUAAUAAAGAAACGGGUGAAAUCCGUGAACUUAAAGACGAGAUUUCAAAUCUUAAACUGGCAUUGGAGAGAAAGGAAGCUGAGCUUGAGCAAUUCAAAGGUGCCGCACAAAACGUCAUGGAAUCCCACAAGUCAAGAGCUGUUUCACCUUUCCGUGUUCCGAGAAAUGGUACUGGAAACAGUUCAAAGCCUGAAAACUGUCAGCGACCCUUGGAUGGUACUAAGAUUUCUGAGGCUAGAAGUUGUUCUUCAGGCAAGCAAAGGCGGUCGAGAUUUCCCUCUGCAUUCGCCGACAAAGAGAUUGCACCGAAGAUGCCAUUACUAGCUGAAGACAGAUUAGUCAUCCCUGGAAAUCUCAGAUCACCAUCACCUCCAGUUAGGAGAUCAAUAUCUACUGAUAGAGGAGCCUUCAUCAAAAGUAGAGUUAAGGCUGACACAACCGAAAACCAACCUAUUGCGAAAGUACCAUUUCCAGCUAGAGCACCUGUCAAUAAAUCCCUUGCAACCAUGCCAGUGUUCCUAUCAACAGACACCAACUCAAGGGUAUGCAUCAGUUCACAAGAACCAACAAAGCAUGAGGACAUUUUCGGUGCAUUAAACAGCCUCCAGAAGGCCAACUCCAAGAAAGUUUACCAAGAACAUGAAGAGGAGCAGUUUAAGAAAAAUCUUAAUGUAAGACAAGGCGGUAUUAGAAAAAUCAAGAAUGAGAGUAAGGCAGCUAAGGCCAAGCAGAACCGGGUACCAGCUAGAAUUCAAAAUUCGGAUGCAGUGACAACAAUGUUUCCUAACUUGGAUGCCGGUGAAAAGAUGGAAGAGGCUCGAACGAGUGACUUCUCUGAGCCAGAAAAUGAGCAUAUCCUCAUUUCUUCACCCGUGCAUAAUCCUUUGAUGGUAAAAAAGCUUCGGCAACCCUUGCCAAGGAACCACAUAAAUCUUGAACUGCGAGGACUAAUGCAAGCGGCAGAACCUUUAUUGGCUGGAAAACCAGAAAACAAGCUUCCAAAUGGUGCAACACGGAAUCAAAAAGAAGGCUGCAACAUGACCAUGUCUGAAAUCAGAAGAAGCCGGUCCACACGAAAUUUUUAGUAUUACCAUGAGGAGUUUUAAUCCGUUCAAUGUUCUUAUAAUGUAUCUUUUGUAUAGUUGCUAUUUAUGCUUGGCUUCGUUCUAAAUAUUUCAUUUGUUCCAUCUUAUUCAAGAAUUUUGACCAGCUACAAUAAACCUAUUAUUCAAGAU